UCCCCGGCGAGCACGGCCACGGCCACGACCACAUCGUCACCACCGCCGGCCAUGGAGGACUGGCUCUUCUACUCCCUCACCACGCUCUUCUGCCUCCUCUGCUCGCUCCUGCUGCGGCGAACCCGCAGCCCAGGCAAGGCCGUCCACUCGGCAGCCGAUGCAUCCGUCCCUCCUCUCCCUCCCGGCCCCGCGUCGCCGCCGGUGGUCGGCCCGCUGCGCUUCCUCGCCCGCCGCGACUUCGACCUGGAGCCCGUGCUCCGCCGCAUCGCGCGGGAGCACGGCCCGGUCUUCACCUUCGCGCCGCUCGGCAAGGCGCGCCCCACCAUCUUCGUGGCGGCGCGCGGCGCGGCGCACCGCGCGCUCGUGCAGCGCGGCGCGGUGUUCGCCUCCCGCCCGCCGCCGACGACCUCCGGCGCCGUGCUCACCAGCGGCGGCCGCAACGUGAGCUCCUCCCCCUACGGCGCCACGUGGCGCGCGCUGCGGCGGAACCUCGCCGCCGGCGUGCUCAACCCGGCGCGGCUGCGGGCCUUCUCCCCGGCGCGGCGGUGGGUGCUCGACGUCCUCGUCUCCCGCGUCCGCGUCGAAGGCGGCCGCGGCGGGGAGCGCCCCGUCGCCGUGAUGGAGCCCUUCCAGUACGCCAUGUUCUGCCUCCUCGUGUACAUGUGCUUCGGCGACCGCCUCGGGGACGCCCGCGUGAGGGACAUCGAGGCCACGCAGCGGGAGCUCCUCGGCAGCUUCCUCAGCUUCCAGGUCUUCUCCUUCCUCCCGACGGUCACCAAGGUCGUAUUCCGGCGGCGGUGGGAGAAGCUCGUCUCGCUGCGGCGGCGGCAGGAGGAGCUCUUCGUCCCGCUGAUCCAGGCGAGGAGGGACGCCGGCGCCGGCGGGGACGACUGCUACGUCGACUCCAUGGUGAAGCUGACCAUCCCCGAGGACGGCGGGAGCAGGGCGCUCACCGACGGCGAGAUCGUGAGCCUCUGCUCUGAGUUCCUCAGCGCCGGCACCGACACCACGGCCACCACGCUGCAGUGGAUCCUGGCGAACUUGGUCAAGAACCGAGCGAUGCAGGACAGGCUGCGGGACGAGGUGAACGGCGUCGUCGGCGCCGACGGCGAGGUGCGGGAGGACGACCUGCAGGCGAUGCCGUACCUCAAGGCGGUGGUGCUGGAGGGGCUCCGGCGCCACCCGCCGGGGCACUACGUGCUCCCGCACGCCGCGCACGAGGACACGACGCUGGACGGGUACCGCGUGCCCGCCGGCGCGCCGGUGAACUUCGCGGUGGGGGACAUGGGCCUCGACGAGGAGGUGUGGGACGCGCCGUCGGAGUUCCGGCCGGAGCGGUUCCUGCCCGGCGGGGAAGGGGAGGAUGUGGACCUGACGGGGAGCAAGGAGAUCAAGAUGAUGCCCUUCGGCGCGGGGCGGAGGGUCUGCCCCGGCAUGGCGCUCGCGCUGCUGCACCUCGAGUACUUCGUGGCCAACCUCGUGAGGGAGUUCGAGUGGCGCGAGGCCGACGACGGCGAGGAGGUGGACCUCACCGAGAAGCUUGAGUUCACCGUGGUCAUGAAGCGGCCGCUCAGGGCCAGGGCCGUGCCGCCCGGCGUUGCAGCUGCUUGAUCGAUCGAGUUCACUCUUCUCUCUAGCAUGGUAGUGGAAUAUUGGGAUUCUUUGCCUAUCAUGUCGUGCCAUUAUGUUAUGUAUACCCAACGAUUAGGGUGACGAAUUAACUUUCUCUUGUUCUUUUGGGUGUGUACUAGUGGUCGUAGCAACCUGAAGCUAGCUCAACUAGUGUGUAUGUGUGUACAAUAAGGCAUCAAUUAGUAACUAUUUAGUAUACACUGCUACGGAGUUGAAUUUAUGGUCACAGCGUGUCUCGGGGACUUUA